AUGUUAGCCCUGGAGGAGCCUGGCUUUGCUGUAGGCUUGCUGCAGAAGUCAGCCAGAGCUCCGACCACCAAGAUCAUGCCAGAGUGUCUGAUGGUGGAUGUGGUCAUACCAGCAGUGGUUCUGACGGUGCUGGGCACGCUUGUACUUUAUCUGAUUUUCAGGUUUGCCGUGGACGCUGCCCCAACCACAUACAUGCUCGCACUGGGCGUCUACGCCAACUUCCAGGACACAACAAGGGCCGUAGACGACAACCUUCUCUUCACCUUGGUCCUCGUCAAAAGCUAUAGCCUCGCCGCACAAUUCCAGGCCGGUGGCCGGCUGCUGCUCGUUCUGCGGAACUUGGCCCUGGCAUCCCUCGAGGUGGGAACGGCAGAGCUUUUCCAGAAGAAGUACUACUUUCCACCUGUGGCUGUUGGCUUGUUCUGUGCCCUCAUCGUCUUCACCGCGCUGCCAGUGCAGCUUCUCUACGAGAGGCUGCAGGGCCACAUAUCCCUGCAUGCCAUGCUUUGGGCAAGUUUCGCUGCCGGCUGCUUCCUAAUGUUUGAAAGCUUUUCCGCCCUCUUCACGGCCUCAAUGCUCUUCUUUCCGAUGAUGGCGCUGAGCAGUGGCAUCGUCAUGGCGCACCGUCGGAAGAUGCAGGAAUACGUGAUGCCGGAUGGUUCGUUGCUCGACAGGAACACCACGACGCUGCUGGGCCUUGUGAUGGCCGAUUUCCUGGGUCGGGGCUUAGGGCCCAUCUCGGCGCGCUAUGGCAUCUACCUGGGCGGGCAAAGGGGUUUCGCUUUGACCCAAGUGACGUAUGCGGCCUUAAGCUUGGUGCUGUUCGUGUUGAGUGAGACUGCCAGCAAGAAGGCAAGGAAGGAUACCUCGGAGAGCAGUCCUCAGAGCCAGAGUGAGGAGAGUAGCAGUAGCAAGGGAGACUGA